AUGUCAACUGUGUGGCGUACCCUAAAAGUUUCUGUUGAAGAAUUAAGAUUAGAUACAACUUUAAAAUGUGGUCAGUCAUUUAGGUGGAAAGUUUCCGGAGAGAACGAGUGGUCAUGCGCUUUCAAAGGAAGACUUAUCACCUUGAGGCAAACAAUAGCUACGGACAUUGAUUACCGAACGUAUUUCAGUCCUAACGUUUCAUCGUCUAAAAUUAAUCAGGAAUUGGAUAAAUUACAUGAAUUCUUGAUCGAUUAUUUCCAAUUAAAUACCGUCAAUCUACGCGAAUGCUAUACUAAAUGGAGUAAGGCAGAUAAACAUUUCGCAAGGAUCGCUUUAAAGUUCAAAGGAAUUAGAAUAUUACGACAAGAUCCAAUUGAAAAUUUAUUUUGUUUUAUUUGUUCGACUAAUAAUAACAUCAAUCGAAUUUCUCAAAUGGUUGAAAAAUUAUGUCGUCAAUACGGUGAAAAAAUAUAUACUUUGAAUGGGGAAGACUAUUUUGAUUUUCCCAUAUUAGAAAAACUUACAUCACCAAAUGUUGUUGAUGAAUUAAGAAAACUUGGAUUCGGAUAUCGUGCAAAAUAUAUUGCGCAAACCGCGAAAUACAUGUGUGAGAAUUUCUCUGAUGGUGAAGUUUGGUUACUCUCUUUACGGAAUUUGUCUUAUAAAGAAGCGCACGCUGCUCUUUUAAAACUUUCCGGUGUCGGACCUAAAGUUGCCGAUUGUGUGUGUUUAAUGUCGUUGGAUAAACAUAACGCUAUACCGGUUGAUACGCAUGUUUGGCAAAUCGCACAAAAGGAAUAUGGAUUUAAUGUGAAAAUAAGGGGAGCAUCAAAUUCAUUGACGACUCGUAAUUAUGCGGCCGUUGGUGAUCAUCUUCGAGAGAUUUUUGGAGAGUACAGCGGAUGGGCUCAUUCU